GGGGCGAGGCCACGUGACUUCCCCCCGCGUGUCACCUCGCCUUCGCUCACUCCGCCAUGUCGCUGCUCGUGGCCGUGAGGCGCUGCUCUUCGUCCGCCCUGCAGGCGCUGAGCCCGGGGCUCAAGGGGCUCCGCGGUUCCCCGGCCGCGCUCAACAGCCGUAGAGAAUAUGCCGCUGCCCCGCCAGCCAAGGCGGCCACGGCUGCUGUGGCCAGGGGCCGCAUCGUGGCGGUGAUCGGCGCCGUGGUGGACGUGCAGUUCGAUGAGGGACUCCCGCCCAUCCUCAACGCGCUGGAGGUGCAGGGCCGCGACACGCGCCUCGUUCUCGAGGUGGCGCAGCACUUGGGGGAGAGCACGGUGCGCACCAUCGCCAUGGAUGGCACGGAGGGCCUGGUGCGUGGGCAGGUGUGCCUGGACACGGGCACACCCAUCCGUAUCCCCGUGGGGCCUGAGACUCUGGGACGCAUCAUGAACGUCAUCGGGGAGCCCAUCGACGAGAGGGGGCCCAUCAGCUCCAAGCAGUUUGCUGCCAUCCACGCGGAAGCUCCCGAGUUUGUGGAGAUGAGCGUGGAGCAGGAGAUCCUGGUGACCGGCAUCAAGGUGGUCGAUUUGCUGGCCCCGUAUGCCAAGGGUGGCAAGAUCGGACUCUUCGGUGGUGCCGGCGUGGGGAAGACUGUGCUCAUCAUGGAGCUGAUCAACAACGUGGCCAAGGCGCACGGAGGCUACUCCGUGUUUGCCGGCGUCGGGGAGCGCACGCGCGAAGGCAACGAUCUCUACCACGAGAUGAUUGAGUCCGGUGUCAUCAACCUCAAGGACACCACCUCCAAGGUGGCGCUGGUGUACGGGCAGAUGAACGAGCCGCCCGGCGCCCGUGCCCGUGUCGCCCUGACGGGGCUCACGGUGGCCGAGUAUUUCCGUGACCAGGAGGGCCAGGACGUGCUGCUCUUCAUCGACAACAUCUUCCGCUUCACACAGGCCGGCUCCGAGGUGUCUGCUCUUCUUGGGCGUAUCCCCUCCGCCGUGGGUUACCAACCCACGCUCGCCACGGACAUGGGUACCAUGCAGGAACGCAUCACCACCACCAAGAAGGGCUCCAUCACCUCCGUGCAGGCCAUCUACGUGCCGGCUGACGACUUGACCGACCCCGCCCCGGCCACCACCUUCGCUCACUUGGACGCCACGACCGUGCUGUCGCGUGCCAUCGCCGAGUUGGGCAUCUACCCGGCGGUGGACCCCCUCGACUCCACCUCGCGUAUCAUGGACCCCAACAUUGUGGGCCUGGAGCACUACGAGGUGGCCCGUGGCGUGCAGAAGAUCCUCCAGGACUACAAGUCCCUUCAGGACAUCAUCGCUAUCCUGGGUAUGGACGAGCUGUCGGAGGAGGACAAACUGACGGUCGCCCGCGCUCGCAAGAUCCAGCGCUUCCUGUCGCAGCCCUUCCAGGUGGCCGAGGUGUUCACAGGCCACCAGGGCAAGCUGGUGCCUCUCGCGGACACCAUCAAGGGGUUCAAGAUGAUCCUCGGAGGUGAGAUGGAUCACCUCCCUGAAAUCGCGUUCUACAUGGUGGGGCCCAUUGAGGAGGUUGUCACCAAGGCUGAGAGGUUGGCCGAGGAGCAGCAGCAGGCAUUGUAAAUUGUCCACUCGGUCCGCCAGCUCUUAAUGAUUACGCAAAACUCCUCGGGAUAGAAACCGCUGCACUUGUCACUUGCAAUUAGGCACAUUUGUACAAAUGUGUGUUGUCAGCGCAGCAGUCUCCACAGCCUCCUCUGCUUUCGUGUUGUCCAAAAAAUAAAGUUCCCUUUAUUGUGAAA